AUGUUAAAUCAAGAGCAAAUUCAUCGAUAUUUUAAUCAUUUAAGUGGAGCUAAACGUAUUGAAUUUUUAUAUGGUUUAUUACAUUUAUGUCAACCACUAGAAUUACGUUAUUUGGGUACUUGUUUAGAAGAAAUAGCACGUAAAGAUUAUGAAUAUUUAUAUCAUGCUGAACAAAAAACCAAUCAUUUGCCAACACAAAAUUCAACAACAACAAUUAAUGAAACGAAUAAUCAACAACAAAAUGAACUUGGAUCUGAUGAAAAAUUAGAUUUAACUGAUCAAUUUACACGAGCACAUGCAAUUGUUGAUAUUGAACGUUUAAUGAAUAUCUCUGGUUAUUUACGUGAUAUUGGCUCUCCAACUGAACCAGAUAUUGAAUCAAUGAAAAAGAAUAUUGGAAUAUACAUGACGCAUCUUGUCUAUUUUUCUUCAUAUAUUUCUACAAUAUCAACAUUAGCAAAAUUUUUUAAUUCAUCUUUGAAACUUGUCGAUUCUAAACAACGUUUAUUUAAUUCAAGUAAUGGUUUUGAUGAACCAUUAUCAUCAUCUUCAUCAUUCUCUAAUGGCUUGACACCACUCCAAUGUGAAUUAUCUGUACAACAACAAACUGAAUCUGAGAAUAAAACACAUUGUUCACCUAAAUUAUCAUUAAAUAAUAAUAAAUCUAAACAACAAACUGAUGUAGCAAAACAAGCUCGUUCCAUAGUACCAACACAUAAUGGUACACAAACUGGAUUAGAAGUACGAUGUGAAGAAACUCAAACUGAUCGAAUGCCUGGACCAGGUUUUAUUCUUGCUGAACAUCAAGAUUAUCUUCGAAGAUAUUCAAUGGAUGAAUUAGCAAAAUUAACACCUGCAGAUCUUGUCGCUGAUGGACUAGAUCAAAAUACAGCUCAAUUACUUUGUGGUGCUUUAGAUGAUUUAAAACCAAUGAGUGUUCAUUUAAGUAGUAGUACUAAAAAUUCUCGAUCGCCAUGUACUUUUGUUCAAAUGCCUUCAUCAUCGUUGUCUCCACCACCAUCAUCACAGCCAACAUCAUUACCACCAUUGUUAGAUGCUGCUUUAAUGACUGUUGUACAACAACAACAACAACCAUCUCGUACGCCGCCACCAGGUUUUGAUCGAAAUCAAUAUGAUCCUAUUUUAAUUAAUUUAGCCGGUGCUCAUCCAUCUCUAUCGUCAAGUUCAAGUCCAAAAUUACCUAAAACAGGAACAACUCAAUCAGGAAAAAAUGGUAUUCCACCACUUCCACCACCACCAUUGCCGUUGCCACCACCACCAUCAUCAACAUCAAAUUGUCCAUCACAAACUCAACAUCAUGUACCAUUAUUACCUGCACAUCCAUUUCUAUGUAAUUCAUUUGAGCCAUAUUUAUUUCCACUAACUUUUCCUCCUGGUUUUCCAUCAGCAACGCCUGAUUUUAUGCGAUUAAUUGCUCCAAAUAUGGCAGCUGUAGCCACUAAUCCAACAAAUACUAGUUUUGUACAAACAUCAAAUGCUUCACAAGGAUCUGUAUCUAAUUCUCGUUCAACAGCACAAUCCAAUGGUACGAAUACACCACCAGAACAAAAUGGACAAAAUCAUCAUCCAUCUCCACCACCUCAAUCAUCAUCUCGUCAUCAACAACAACAACAGCAACCACAGCAACAGCAACCACAACAACAGCAGCAACAACAACAACCACCACAACAAUCCCAGCAACAUCAUCAACCACAAUCACAUCAUCGUCAUAGACAAUAUUAUCAAUCUGAUUCUUUACAAUUUCAACAACAAAAUGGAUUUCAUGCUCAACAACGACAAACACAAACAUCUUAUCCUCAACAACAACAUAUGAAACCAAAAGCAUGUUAUACGUGUGGCGAUCUUGGACAUCUUGCAUUUGCCUGUCCUGAACAGUAUUCAUCUGAUGCAACUUAUCCGCAUAAUACUAGAGAUGGUUAUAAACUUGAUUAUCGACCACGACAGAGUACACCAACUAAUAUUCAACAGCAACAAAGGCAAAUGCGUUCGAACUCAAAUUCAAAAACGAAAGUUCGCGAUAAUAGUUAA